UUGCGAUCCUCCAUAAGACGACUUGUCGCGACCAGAUCAGCAGCAUUAUCCAAGAGGUCCUUCACAGCAACAACCGCAACCAUGGGCAAGCAAGAGUGGAUCUGUAUCCUGCCCGACGGCGCCGGCAAGCUUGACGCGAGAAUGAAAGUUAGGCCACAGCAUCUCGAAGGUGUCAAGCCCAAAGUCGCCUCGGGUCUUGUCGUCAUGGGCGGCGCUACGCUAGAUGAACCCAUAAAAGAAGGCGAAGGUCUGAAGAUCAAUGGGUCUAUAAUGAUGGUUGAAGCAGACACAAGAGAAGAGGUGGAGAGGGCCAUCAAGGAAGAUAUAUACUACAAGGAGGGUGUCUGGGACGCAGAGAAGGUUCAGAUUAUGCCCUUCAAGAGUGCCGUCAGAGAACCAUUGAAGUAAAUGUGCAGCGCAA